CUGUAUUCCCAGGAUUCCACACAGGAAGGUCGGACCAUCCCUCACCAUCAUCGGAAUGAAGCUAAACCUGAAAUGAAGAUUGAAGGUGAAGAUGAGGAAGACAAUACAUUUUUGAGGGAUCCAGAGCAUGUGAUGGAGAACCCUGAAAUGAAGGUGACCUUUAAAGAGGAAGAAAUUAUUGCAGAGAUCAGUACAGAGGAACGCUACGUCAGGAGAACCUCUGAGGGUUGCCUUAUCUCAUCUCCAACCUGUGAUGCUGAAGAUGAAAUCACCACCCAUGAAAAUUCAGGAAAAAGCACCUUUACCUCAAAUGUAGGACUUUACGACAUAGAUAGGUCACCAGAUCCCCCUAAGCCUGAGGAACCAUCUUCUGAUAGGUCUCAUACUGUUAGCCCAGAUCCAGGACUUCUCAAUCCAAGCAUGCCACCUGAUCCAUCUAAUUCUGAGGGUUGUUCUCCUGAAGGACCAUGUAUCAAUAAUCCAGAUACACAUGCAGGACUUCAUAGUGCAGGUAGA